CGGCGGGCGGUGGCCGCAGUUCCCGGUGCGCGCUGGCUCCGGCAGCCGCUCGGCAGCAUGGCUGGUUUGGGGCGGCCAGGCCCGGGCCCCCGCACCGCGAUGCCUGCCUGGAAACGGGAGAUCCUGGAGCGGAAGCGGGCCAAGCUGGCCGCCUUGGGUGGAGGCGCGGCGCUGGGCGCCGAAGCUGGCGAGGCGGAGCCCGCGGGGCCUGCCGCCGAGAAGCUGGUGCUGGCGGAGAGCUUGGGCCCGCUGCGCGAGAACCCGUUCAUGCGGCUCGAGUCGGAGCGGCGGCUAGGGGCGCGGCGCGGCGGCAGCGCGGGCGCGGCGGGGCCGGGGGUGCGGCCGGCUGAGCAGCUGCUGGAGCUGUAUCGCCUCGUGCCGGGCGUGCGCACCAUCCGCGCGGACAACAUCCUCAUCAUCGAGUCGGCUCCCGGCUUCCCGCUGGCGCCAGCACCCGCGUCCGGCCCGGAUCGGAGCCCCAGCCCGGCCGCCCGCAUCCGCGCCGCCGAGGUACUCGUGUACGAGGCACCGCCGCCUCCUGGCCGCGUGAGCCGCCUGCUCCAGAAGUUCGACCCGCCGGUGGUACCGCGCCGUCGCGGGAGCCCGGAGCGCGGGCGCCCCGCGCCUCCGCCCUCCCCUGGCUCCGCCGUCCCGCGCGUGGGCGAGCGCGCCGCCUGCUUGGAGCCCGAGGUCCGCGUCGCAGGUCCCGGCCCCGGGCCCCGGCGCAGCGACUUCCUGCACAAGACCAGCAGCAACUCCUUCACUGUUCAUCCUCGAGGUCUGAACCGCAGCGCGGGCACUCGCCAGCUCCCCAACGGGCCCGCAUGCUUGGAGUCCCGGGCCGGCGCUGCCAACGUUCUCGCGGGAUCCGCGCCUGGGACGGGCGAGUGGAAGCCAAAGGUGGAGUCCGAGGAGGCCCCCGCCCACCCGUCCCCCAGUCCCGGGACCCCCAGUGCCACUCCAGCCGCGCCCCCGGCCUUGCUCACGCCCAGCCCUGCCAGUGCCACUCCCAGCCAGCGCCAGUGGGUCUCCUCGGCCACCAGCGCCAACGACUCCUUCGAGAUACGGCCGGCCUCCAAGCCAGACGUGGACACGAUCCCCACUGGGGACCUCCAGGCCCGGGCCCUGGCCAGCCUUCGCAUGAAUUCCCAAAACUCCUUCGUGUUCAUCCCCAAGUGCAAGGCUUCCGGAGCCCACCCUGGGGAAGGGAGGCAGUCUGUGGGGCCUCCAGAAGGAGAGCUUGGCUGGGCCUCCCAGCAGGAGCGUGAGGCCCAGCAGGUGCCUGGAGAGGAUGGUGUAUUUGUCUGUGGGAGGAGCCCCUUGGAGGCUGAGGAGGGGGGCUGCCCCAGGCCAGCCAGUGCCCUUGUGGACCCGGCUGUUAGGUGGCAGAGGCCAUCCUCACCACCCCCGUCCCCACUGGACGCCACUGAAGCUGAGCCUACCCAGGGCUUCAGGAUUCCCGGCUUGGCCGAGAAUGGUGGGGAGCCUGGGAGGCCAGGGCUGCCGGUCACCUUCAUUGACGAGGUAGACUCGGAGGACGAGUUCCCCCAAGAAGCCAAACUGCCCUGCUCCGGGGCUGGUGGGCCUCCCCAGUACCACCCACAACCCACCAGGCCUGAGCAGUCCACUUUGCUCCAGCACCGAGGGAGCAACACGUUCACAGUGGUGCCCAAGAGGAAGCCAGCGGCCCGGCAGGCCAAUGGGGAGGCCAGGCCUAGGGAGGCUGAGGAGGAGGGGCCAGGCAGACUUUCGGAGCCACCUGCUGCCCUGGGGACAGCACUGAAGAAGCGUUACCCCACCGUGCACGAGAUUGAGGUGAUUGGCGGCUACCUGGCCCUGCAGAAGUCCUGCCUCACCAAGGCUGGCUCCUCAAGAAAGAAGGCCUGUCCAGCUACACUCCAAAACACUCCAUGGCCUUCAGCAAGUGGCAGGAGCAGACGCUGGAGCAGGCUCCGAGUGAGAUGGAGCCACCGUCCAAAGAGGUCAUGCUCACCCCUGCCAACCAGAACGACCUCUCGGACUUCCGAAGCGAGCCAGCCCUGUAUUUCUGACUCCGGCCCUACCAGGACGGGCAAGGCUGAGCCCCAGUGGUGGGGCCCCGGGAGUUGGGCAGUGCCUGAGAGCACCACACUCAUUCUGCACCCGCCCUCCCCCACCGCCCUGACCUGCCAGGCCCUGCCUUCCCAGCUCGCACUCUCUCUUCCUGAGGUCUCAACCAGGCUAGUAGUCGGGACUUGAUCCUUAGGAACCUGGCACAGCUUCUUCCUAUGGGGCUGUCUGGGUCUCGUUCCCUGACCCUCGUUUGGGGACACUGCCUGUGAAGGAGGGGUGGUGUCCUGCUAGACACCGUGCCCAGUGGCUGUCAGGUGUGUCCAGGGUGGGGGGCUGACCCGGCUGCCUGUCCUCUGUAGGACUGCAAGGCCCUAGCCCACACCCCCAGCAUGAGCCACUCCGCUUCUGGUGAAUGGGAAGUCUUCCCACCUCUGCUGAUGGACUCAAUAAACAGCACUGGACGAGGCUGCCUCCA